UAGGCUGACAAUGAAUGGCUGCUGCUAGUGCUGCUCGGAGGGCGAGGGGAGCAGAGCCCCUCCGUUGAGCGAGAUCUUCCCUCCUCUUCCCCCCCCCGCCCUACUUUUGCACAGAGAGAGCAUGUAAAACGGUUGAUUGCGUGGACUACUUCACUUCUGCUACCUCCUUAAUGGAAGGUGUGGUCCUAGGGUUCAUAUGGCCUAUGAACCCCUUUUUUUGUGGUCUACAGAGGCCCUGGAGAUCACACUAUCAAAAUUUGGCAGCUAAGUAUCAAAUUGUGGAGAUGGAAAGAAAGAAGAACAGAAAACCAAAGAAAAAGCGUACCCAUCUGGGUGAGGAGGAGGAGAAGAGGAGGAGGAUGGCUCAGUUUCUCCAGAUGGAGAUCCCCAACUUUGGUAAUAGCAUCUUGGAAUGCCUGAAUGAGCAGCGGUUACAAGGGCUGUAUUGUGAUGUCUCAGUGGUGGUGAAAGGCCAUGCUUUCAAGGCACACCGAGCUGUGCUGGCUGCAAGCAGCUGCUACUUCCGGGACCUUUUCAACAACAGCAAGAGCACUGUGGUAGAGCUUCCUGCUGCGGUGCAACCUCAAUCCUUUCAGCAGAUCCUUAGUUUCUGCUACACUGGCCGCCUAAGCAUGAAUGUGGGUGAUCAGUUUCUGCUCAUGUACACAGCAGGGUUCCUGCAGAUCCAGGAGAUUAUGGAAAAGGGGACUGAGUUCUUCCUGAAGGUCAGCUCGCCCAGCUGUGACUCGCAAGGCCUGCACACUGAGGAGGCGCCUUCCUCUGAGCCACAGAGCCCCGUGGCACAGACAUCCACCUGGCCUUCCGGCAAUACGCCCUUACCCCUGGUCUCGCGUGUAAAGACAGAGCAACAGGACUCAGACUCUGUCCAAUGCACAUUUGUGGUUAAGCGGCUCUGGGAAAGCAGUCAGAAGGAAGGGAGUAGUGGCGGCAGUAAUGGCAGCCGCAAAAUAGCCAAGAUCUCCUCCCAGCAGGAGUUGAGCGGUGGGAACCGGCAGGUUCAGCAGCAAGUGCAACAACAACAACAACAACAACAGGUCCAGCAGCAACAACAGCAACAGGCUCAUCAGCAACAACAGCAGCAGGCAGCACUAACGGGGGGAGGUGGCGGGGCAGGCAUGGUCAGUGGCCCCAGUACUUCAGACCAGACAAGCCCUGGCACCUCCAGUGCUUACACCAGUGACAGCCCCAGUUCCUAUCAUAAUGAAGAAGAUGAAGAGGAAGAUGCACCCGAGGAAGGCUCCGAUGAGCAGUACAGACAAAUCUGCAACAUGUACACAAUGUACAGCAUGAUGAAUGUAGGGCAGACAGCAGAAAAAGUAGAAGCACUGCCAGAUCAGGUGCAGUCAGAGUCUCGCAACCGGAUACGAGUGCGGCAGGACCUAGCUUCACUGCCUGCCGAGCUCAUCAACCAGAUUGGAAACCGAUGCCAUCCAAAGCUGUAUGACGAGGGUGACCCAGCUGAGAAACUGGAACUUGUGAUAGGUACUAAUGUGUACAUCACUCGGGCGCAGUUGAUGAAUUGCCAUGUUAGUGCUGGGACACGGCACAAAGUGCUUCUCAGGCGGCUACUAGCAUCCUUUUUUGACCGGAACACCCUUGCCAACAGUUGUGGCACUGGAAUCCGUUCCUCCACCAAUGACCCCAGCCGGAAACCUCUCGACAGCCGAGUGCUGCAUGCUGUGAAGUUUUAUUGCCAGAACUUUGCUCCAAACUUCAAGGAGAGCGAGAUGAAUGCAAUUGCUGCUGAUAUGUGCACAAAUGCACGACGUGUUGUCCGUAAGAGCUGGAUGCCUAAACUGAAACUACUGAUGGCUGAAGGCGAUGCCUACACAACCUUCAUCAAUGACAGUGGCAAAAUGGAGCCAGACAUCAUGGGUGUGGAGCACAGCUUUGAGACCAGCAGCCAUGAUGGAGAUGCAGGCACCUCAGCCGAGGGCCUCCAGUGAAGUGUACCCACCUCUUUUUCCAGGCGAUGGUUUUUAAUUUCCUAAAUUUGAUUUUUUUUUUUUUUUUUUGUAGAAUUGUUUUCCACAUUUUCUCAUUUUCUUUUUAUUAUUGUUGGUUUUUUGUUUUUGUUUUGUUUUGGCAGAGGGGAAAGAAAGCAUUGUGCUAUCUCCUUUUUUUAAAAAAAACAAAGAUUCUUAAAUUUUGACCUUUCUUCCUCAGGCACUGCAAGUAGUUUGAGCUCAGAGGAGACCCUGCUGCUGCUGCUGCUGCUGUUGCAACUGCACUGGCAGUUCCGACUGGC